AAUAAACACUCAGUCCCACGCGGCAGCCGGCGCGGGCGCACGCUUCAAUCAAUCCGCAUUCCAAAUUCAAAAUGUUAACGGUCAAACUUUUAUUCCUCCUCGCGAGUGUGACCUUGGCUUUAGGCCAGGGGUCGAAACCUGUGGUUCGAGUCACACAGGGAGUACUCCAGGGGUCGUGGAAGGUGUCGACGAAAGGACGACCGUAUGCCAGCUUCGAAGGAGUGCCGUAUGCUAGGCCGCCGAUCGGGAAGUAUAGAUUCAGGGAGCCUCAACACAUGAAGCCGUGGACGGGGACUUGGGACGCGUCGCGUCCGCUCUCUAGUUGCAUGCAGUACGAUCCUUUUGAGAAGAAAGUUGUAGGAUCUGAGAACUGCCUAUAUGUGAACGUGCACACCCCAAAGCUGAACGCCGGCACCAACUUGCCCGUCCUAGUGUUCAUCCACGGGGGUGCCUUCAUGUACGGCGCUGGCGGCCUGUAUGAUGCCAGCCAUAUCAUGGACUGGGAUAUGGUUGUCGUCACGCUGAACUACCGACUCGGCCCUCUAGGUUUCCUAAGCACCGGCGACGAGCAAGCUCCCGGCAACGCAGGCCUGAAGGACCAGUCGUUCGCGCUGCAGUGGGUGAAGAACAACAUCAUGAUGUUCGGAGGCAACCCGGACAGUGUCACACUUACUGGUUGCUCUGCUGGAGGUGCCAGUGUGCACUAUCAUUACCUAUCCCCGAUGUCUAAAGGUACUUUCGCUCGCGGUAUAGCCUACAGCGGCGCCGCAUUCGCCUCCUGGACCCACUCUGUGAAGCCUCUGCAGAAGGCCAAGAGUCUCUCAGCCAUCGUUGGCUGCCCGACCAGCACUAACAAAGAAAUGGUCGACUGCCUGAAGUACAGGCCUGCUGAGGUUGUGGUGGCAGCCCAGACUGAAAUGUUUGAGUUCCCAUACCAACAGAUGUUCACGCCGUUCUCUCCGACCGUGGAACCAGCUAACACCAGGGAUCCGUUCCUGACACAGUACCCGUUCCACGCAGCACAAGCUGGGGCGAUGCAUAAAGUACCUCUCAUCACAUCUGUGACGUCUGAAGAGGGCUUGUACCCUGCUGCUACUUACCAAAUUUCACCAGACACAUUAGCCUACAUAGAAGCCAACUGGGAGCAACUGGCCAGCAACAUUUUCGAGUACAAUGACACUUUGCCAAUCGACCAGCGGCCCGUGGUAGCGGCCAAGAUCAAGCAGAAGUACCUUGGAGGCAAGCCGGUUAGCCAGGAGACGUACCCUCAGUUAGUACAGGCUUUAGGCGACCGUCUGUUCGCCGUGGACGUGGGAAAGCUAGCGCAGAUUCACGCAGCGAAGUCUGGACAGCCCACUUACUUGUACCGCUACUCCUUCCGUGGAGAGAAGAGCUUGUCUAACAUGAUGGCACAGAAUGACAAGAAUUACGGAGUGAGCCACGCUGAUGACGUAUUCCACAUCUUCAAGUUUCCUAUGCUGUCUUCUGAACACCCCGACGACAAGAGGAUGACGGAAGAACUGAUCGAUAUGAUCUACAGCUACUCCACAACUGGCAUACCCAAGGUCUCCAACACCGCACCAGCCUGGACUCCCGUGACCCCAGGGUCGCAGGAGCUGAGCUAUCUGGAGCUGGCCUCGCCCACCAAAAUCCUGAUGAAGGCCAGCUCCGACUUCGGGCAGCGCUCCUUCUGGGACAGCCUGGGGCUCCUUGAGAACGAGGGGUACCAGCACCAUGUCAGGGACGAACUUUAGAUUUUAAGGGUUUUUUUUUGAGUUUUCAAUAUACACUUGUUAAGUGCC